GAUUACCAAAACAAGUCUACUGAGAUAAGACCAGUUUCAAGUAUCGGUUUUGAACACCAACACACAAACCGCACCCAUCAAAAAGUCGUUUUUUAUCCACCGAUAUUCUUCAGCAAGCAGUCUUCCACAAGCCGGCAAACGAUUCGGUCGCAGAUUUAUCGCCCAUUCUCGAUCACACGAUGACCAAGCCCAUCCUGUACACGAUGCACGUGAGUCCACCCUGCAGGGCAGUGGAGCUCUGCGCCAAGGCACUGGACCUCGACUUGGAACGGAAGGUGGUCAAUUUGGCCACCGGGGAUCAUCUGAAGCCGGAGUUUGUCAAGUUGAACCCUCAACACACCAUACCGGUGUUGGACGAUAACGGAACGGUGAUUUGCGAAAGUCAUGCAAUUAUGAUCUAUCUGGUGUCCAAGUACGGCAAGGAUGAUAGCCUGUACCCGAAAGAACUGGUCAAGCAAGCAAAGGUGAAUGCUGCUCUACACUUCGAGAGCGGCGUUCUGUUUGCUCGUAUGCGGUUCGUGUUUGAACCAAUCAUCUUCUUCGAUGGAAGCGAAAUUCCAGCCGAUCGCGCAGAAUAUGUUCAAAAAGCCUACCAACUGCUGGAGGAUACCCUGGUGGAUGACUAUGUCGUCGGCAACUCCCUUACCAUUGCGGAUUUGAGCUGCGUGUCAACGGUUUCCUCCAUAGUGGGAGUGAUUCCGAUGGACAAGAACCGAUACCCGAAGAUCCAUGCCUGGUUGGAACGCUUGAAACAACUGCCCUACUACGAGGAGGCAAAUGGGGGUGGAGCUGUGGAGAUUGCAAAGUUUGUGCUGUCUCAGAAGGAGAAGAAUGCGCAGAAGGCAUGAGAAGUUUUAGUUGAAACUACAAAGAUAAAGUUACAAAAUAUUUGUUUUACAAUAAAUGAUUAAGAAGAAUGUUGGUCAAAUGGAAUAAACUAUACGUUGUAAUUCAA